AUGAGUAUUGAAAUUAUAGAUGCUAAGAGAGCUGCCCAAAGAAAAAGAUAAAUUGGAUAACUUUUGAAGCAAAUUCAUAAGAGUUAUACAGAAAAUAGGAGUUUAAAAGAGGAAUUCAACGUCAUAUUAGAACCAUAUAUAAGAUAAAAUGAUGAAGCUUCAUGUGCAGUUGUUGAAAGAAGAGAGCUAAGAGAAGAUGAAGAUGAGUGUAUAGCCAAAUUAAAAAAAGAUGAUGUAGCUGCAAUUUUAGAUAUUAUAAAAAAAUUAAAUCCUUAACUUGAAGAAUAAAAUUUGCCAUUAAAGAAAUUAAGUCUAAAAUCUUGCACACUUCCACUUUCUGGUGAAUCUAUAGAAUAGCUUGCUUAGUUUAUAUCUUCAAUUCCAUCUCUUGAUUCCUUUACUUUAAGAUUUAUAUGGUGUGGUGUGAAAAUGCCACCUAGAUUUAUUUUCUGCAUAACCAAAAUGGCACCCCAACUUAGAGAACUUUACUUGCACUUUGCGUUAAAACCAGAUCUAGCAGAAUAAUGCAUCAGUAAUCUUGCUAAGGCUAUAGAUUCUUGUAGAUUUUUAGAAUCUUUAAAUAUUGAUGGUAUGGAGUGCGAAGGGAUAACAAAUAAUUGCCUCUCUAAAUUAGGAAAAAUGACAAAUAAAUUAGAAAGUUUAAGAACAUUUGUAUUUAAAUUAAGAUCCUCAUAAUAUAUUGAUGAAAAAGGAAUUCAAGAUUUUGGUACAGAAUUUACUAAAACUAAAUAGCUUACUCAUUUAGAGCUUUCAUUUUAUUAUUUCAUUAAUACAUUCUCAAAGUAGAGCAUGAUUUCUUUAGGUAAAGCAAUCUGUUAACAAACUGAGUUGCAAAGUCUAGUUCUAGAUUUUUCAUGGUGUUCUGAUAUUGUUGAUGAAGCAGCCUAAAUUAUAAUUAGUUAAAUUAUGGAUAUAAAUGAUCUUAGAAGCUUGAAUAUAAAUUUUUCAGGAUCUACACGAAUUACAGAUUUAACUUUGUAAUAUAUUGGAUAGGCACUAAAAUCAAAUGAUUAAAUAUCAAAAUUGUUUUUAUAUUUUGGAAACUGUGAAUCUUUUACCGAUUAAGGUUUGUUUACUUUGAGUAAAUAUCUUGCAAAAUGCACCAAUCUAUAAGAACUUACAUUAGAUUUUUCAUCAUGCUUUAGUAUAACUGAGAGUGGGUUGGAAUCUAUUUGCUCAGUAAUUCAUAGUUUAUAUUUACUAGAAGAUCUUUUUAUAUCUACUCACGAUUUCUUAUCGAACGAAAUUUAAGAUCUCAUAAAUUAAAUGUAAGAAAAACUAAGAGAAUCUGCACUUAGAAGAAAAAGCAUAAAUUUAUCUCUCUUUGUUACUAAUUAAUACUCAACUUUACUUAAAAGAAAAGAUGUUUUAAAUGAUUUAGCUUAUUGA